AUGGUAUCCAGCGCAACAGGUUAUCAGGACAUUUCCUUGCCAACUACGGUGCCUGAAGACCGGGGUACACGCUUGAUGAACCACAGCGCGGCACGUGUUCCUGAGUGCUCUUUUGGGCCGCGGAUUUGCGGCACGGCAUCGAUGAACCCAUCAUUCCGCGUUGGCGAAGUGGACGUUUUGGCGAAUCAAAAGAGCGUCAGAAACCUCGACUUCUGCAGAGGACGGCGACAAGACGGCUUUCGCAUCCACUUGUAUCUGGUUCACCGUGCCCUGAUUAUCGAGCGUUGCGAGAAGACCGUCGGCAAGCUGAUCAGCGGUUUACAAAAUUCUAGGUUGGGGAGGAUCUUCGAGCGCACCUUCACUCGAUACCCGCCUGGGCUGGAGGACAGCAUAGCGCAUCACCAGGCUCUUCGAUACCAACUGGGGGAUCUCACGUGUGUCGUGCGUUUUGAGGUAAACGCAAGCUACGAGCGGAAGGUUGAGGAGGGCGGCACUUCAGAAUCGUUGGUACUCGCAAUGAGUCGAUUGCAAACGGACGACGGACAUGGAGGAGAUGCUUCUGCCAGCCAACGGCUGACACAAAGAGUGCCGAUGGCUCAAGCGAAUGCAGCAGGAAUCAAGACAGCAGCCAAGCCCAAGAGCCCUGGUGCAUACAUGCCGCAGCUCUGGUUCGGCGGAACGCCCUGGCUUAUCAUCGGACAGCAAGCAAAUGGAACCUUCGAAAAGUUGAAAAUCACCCACACUGCAGCUCAGUUUGCGGGUUGGGAGGAAACGCACCGACUCGACCUUCGCAGUUAG